UCUGCCUUCCGCUUCUGGGGCUGGAUUGACACACAAUGAGGAGCAGAGAGGCCGGGGAGACGCUCCACAAACGCCGCUGUAAAUAAUUACAACAAUCACAGAGGCCGGAGAAACAUGGAGAACCAGUGCACGGUGCAGGUGAAGCUGGAGUUGGGCCACAGAGCUCAGCUGAAGAAGAAAGUGACCUCUGAAGGCUUCACCCACGACUGGAUGGUUUUCGUCAGAGGCCCAGAGACCGGCGACAUCCAGCACUUUGUAGAGAGGGUCGUCUUCCGCCUGCAUGACAGCUUCCCCAAACCUAAGAGAGUAUGCAAGGAGCCUCCAUACAAAGUGGAGGAAUCGGGCUACGCAGGCUUCAUCAUGCCUAUUGAGGUUUACUUCAAGAACAAGGAGGAGCCAAAAAAAGUCAUCUUCAACUAUGACUUGUUCCUUAACUUGGAAGGAAACCCUCCCGUUAACCACCUGCGCUGUGAGAAACUCACCUUCAACAACCCCACCAAAGAAUUCAGGAAAAAGCUCAUCAAGGCGGGAGGGAUACUGGUGGUCCCUGAGGGGGCUGAAGCUAUGUCGAGGCCCAGUCCGGACUACCCAAUGCUUCCCACCAUCCCCCUCUCAGCCUUCUCAGACCCCAAAAAGACAAAGACCUCUCAUGUAUCAAAGGAACCAAGCAAAGAAGGAAGUGGUGGAAGCAGCAAAGGACCCAAACCACACAAACUGACCAAGGAGCACCGUGAACGAUCGCGAAAAGACUCUGAGAGCAAAGGGUCGUCCAAAGGCGACGACCGAGAUGGGAGCAGCAAAAGCGGUCGUGACCCUUCCUCGUCCUCCUCUUCGAAAAAGCCAUCAGAGAUCAAAGUGAAGGACGAAGUGAAAGUUCAGCCGAAGGCGGCCUUCAAGGAGCCCAAGCUCACCCUGAAGGAGUCAAAGAUGGACGGCAUGUCCCCUAAGGGAGGGGGGGCAGGAAGUGGCGGGGGAGGCGGAGGAGGAGCGGUGGAGGCCAAAGCUCCGGGGAAACGCCCCUCCACCGUGGAGUCCCCCAAACCCAGCGCCAAGAAGCAGAAGAAGGGCAGCUCCGACGGGCUGAAGGGACCGACCGGCAGCGCGUUCACUGGAACGUCGCCGCGCGUCUCUUCAUCCACGGCCGUCAGCCAGUCCUACGGCGAGAAGAAGCCUUCCAAGGAGAAAGGCCGCUGGCCGCCCAAGAACAAAAAUGAUGCCCAGGAGUUGAAGGAGCUCAAGAAACUUCCAGAGUCGGAGGAGUCCAAUUCAGAGGACGAAGCGUCGUCAAAGUCAGAGCAAUCAGCUGCUUCGAGUCCUUCCAACUCUACUUCCAGUUCUGACUCCAGUUCAGAUUCAGACUUUGAGCCUGGACAAAAACCAGGGCAAGGCCCGCUCAGAUCCAUGGUGGAAGAGAUCCAGUCAGAAGAGUCGGACGAUGACGACAGCAGCUCAGAAGAAGAGACGCCCGUCAAAACCAAUCCCCCCAACCGCGACUCUCGACUCAGCCUGGACAGCGAGAGUGACAGCAGCGAUGAAUCGCACCGCCCCAGUCGAGACCCCGCCCCACCCCCACAGAAACACGGCUCCUCCAACAACAAAGUUGUCCGAAAAAGUCCAGAUUCCUCUUUUCGCUCGGAGAAGGUGAUGAAGAAGGGAUACGACAAGGUAGGAAGGGCCUACACAGAGGAGCUGGUGGACCUCCACCGCAGACUGAUGGCAUUAAGGGAGCGAAACGUCCUGCAGCAGAUUGUCAACCUGAUCGAGGAGACCGGCCACUUUAACGUGACAAACACCACCUUUGACUUUGACCUCUUUUCAUUGGACGAGUCCACCGUCCGCAAACUACAGAGCUACCUGGAGGCGACGGCCACGUGACAGGAAGCGGCAGGGGCCGGCGUGUGGAUGUCAGCGGCAGAGGUAGCCUCGCCAUCAUGCCUGCUCUUUGCGGAAGAGACGAGCAGAAACGUCUGUCGCGGCCUUUUCACGAGCCUGACUGAAGCAUCGAACAACCACACCACAAAACAGAAACACACGAACAGUCGCAAGCACACAACACCACCUUCACGUGACGCUGGGGAGGAAACAGGAGGAGGAGGAGGUGGUGUGUGAGGAAACGCCGGAGCAUCUGACCUCCGUCUGGUCAGGGUUUUCACUACACACACUUCGAAUCUGUGCCGAGCUGAGGAAUUCGCCCAACAACCCCCCACCCCGUUCCUCCCUCCUGCACUUAAACCGCUCCCGCCUUUGCAAACCUAAUACUUCCCCUCCUCCUCUCCUCCUCCUUCACAUGCACACUCCUGUCUGAGCAGAACACUCCGGCCCCUGCGUUGUCAGCUGGAGCUCAUUUUUCUUCCAACACACUCCUGAGUUGCGUGUGAACGCCGUCCGUGAGUCUGCGCGCGACUUGUUCUGCUGAGGUUUAAGAAGACAUGUCGUCUUUGUGGUCACGGACUUCUUUGUUUAUGAAACUUGAGCACAAACAGCCGGUUGCAUUUCUACCACCAGUCACUCGCCAACAAGCACACUUUGCCCUGCUAACCUCCACCCCCCUCCCCCCGUUUGGCAUUAUUAGUUUAUAAGCACUGAAAAUGCUUUUAACACACUUUAGUUUUCUUGUAAAUGACAGAAAAAGAUUUUCGGCAUUUUUUUUAUUUUGAGUUUUAAAAAGUAAAAACAUUGAUUUUUGUUAUUUUCUUUCAUCUAUGUAAAGUUUUUGUUACAGAGCUAAUUGAUGGUUGUUUUCCAGAACUGCUAGUUUUUUUAAUCACUACAGAAAAGAUUAAUAGUUGCCUCAGUGUUGCUUCAUUAUCAUUAGAUACAAAUUACCCUGAAAGUAGCACACUUUUGUUUUUAAUUAAAAAAAUGUUAACUUUUGUCAUUAAAAUUCAAAAUUAAGGUUACUUCAGCUAAGAUUAAGAAAAGAGAACCUGUCCGGUUGCAACAAAUUUAGAUUGAGUUUAAUUAGCUAAUAAAUGACAAAGCAACAAAGAAUAAAAAUAUAUUUUGAGUUUAUAUUGAAUUACUUUGCAUUUUAGCUACAAUCAGACUUUCAUUUAAGCUUUCAAGCGCUCUAUUCUUUCUUUCUAUAGCCUGAAAAGUUUUCCACUGAGUACUGAAACAUUUUUUCAAGGAAAAUGUUGUUAAAAGCUUAAAUUACAUAUCUAUGAUUUAUGUAAAAAAGGCACCUAAACUGAAGGGAUGAACACGUUUAAAAUCGGCAAGGUUUUCUCUGAUUGGCAGCUCAACAGUUUUACAAUAGCCACUUUUCUUGAAUUGCAUAAAAAUCAGGGAAAAUGCUUUGAUGCCUAAAUGUUAAUAUUUUUCAAGGCCUUUUUUCUGUUGAAUUAAAACAGAAACAUCUUUAUUCAUCUCUCUGUUGAAAUCCGUAGAAACUGUAAUCAUCCUCUCAGAAAAUUUGUGUCAACCAGCAAAAUUCUAGCAUCUGUACCAACGAACAACUUGGCUGAAAGAUUCAUUCUUACGGUACGAAAUAGAUCGGAAGAGGAUGAUUUUUCUUUCUGUGAUCAAAAACUAAAACGUUUUGAUUUUAAAACUAAGGAAAAAAUAAUACGGUGAUGGUUCAGGUUUUGGAGAAAACUUCCUAAAAACUAAUUUAAGAGUAAAAGCUUUGCCCAGUGCUCUGUGUCAUUAUUGCCUUUUUUUGUUUUCAGUGCUUGUAAACACAGUAAGGAGGGGUUGUGGUGAAGUGAUGCAUAUUUUCUCUUGUGUGUCUCGCUCCGGUUUUAAGCUGUCUGUACAUUCGAAAACACGUGUUCUGUUGCGUUCCUGUGCUUUCCCACUGAAAGCUGAGCCUUGACCUCCAGCAGACCCCUUAAUGCCCCCCUGUACCCCAUACUGCUUCCCCUCUGCUCUGCGUGAAUGAAAGGGCUCCAAAGCUCCUGGCCACAGCAGUGGAGGUUCGCUCCUGAAUUUGCCUUCUAGGUGGGGUGGAAAAAAGAAACAAAUAAAAACGACAAAAAACAACAACACAGUAGCCAUACUUCCCAAAAAACAAAGAGGAGAGAAAAAAAGGGGGGGGGACACACACACGCUUUUUUACAUUUUAUUUUUCUACAAGUGCAUUUUGUGUAUUUAUUCCCAAGACAACCUGUGAGCUCUGAAUGUAUAUUGCUUUUACUUUUUUACGGCUUGCAACAGCCCCACUCCAGUGCCUUUUCCUGCAGCGCGCAGCACUAAGCGGGGAGUGUGCGCUCUGCUAGCGACGCUCACACAGAUUGAAGACCCCACCCUCCACCUCCUACUAUAAGCCCCUCCUGGGGGGAACAAGUGUUAAUUGGGAUGCCUGAACAUUCAGUAUUGUCUUAAUGGUUCCCAUCCCUGCUGUGGUCCUUCUUUUUUGUUUUUUUUUGUUAAAUCAAGAAUAUCUCCGUUAGUCCAACAUAAUUGAUAGUUUUCGUGGAUGGUGGUCAUCUUUUUUUCUGUUCUAAGGUUAGGGUUUGUAAAAAAAAAAAGAAAAAAAUGGAAAAAAAACAUCAAAAUACUGUGGUAGUUUCUCACUUUAAUUAGCACGAGCUUUUUUUGUUCUGCGUUGUGUUUUUGUGUUUGUCGUCGUCGAUGAGAAGGGUCUGGCCCUCUUCGGCCGUUUGAUCGUCGUACGGCGUAGCGAUCGAUCGCAGGACGCCAGGCACUUAAACGGCUACAAUAACGAGCGCGAAGGCAGAUGGAAAAGAAACGCUCCUCUUCCCCCCACGUGGCGUCCAUUAAUGGCGGAAACGUCCCACUGAGGCCUGAGUCGAGACAGCAGCUCGAUUGAUCGGAUGGUCUAGAAAAACUGGCUCACCUUCAUUGUGCUAAUUUGCAAAAGUUUACACACUCCUGAAACAUGUUCUCAUGUGAAGUCUAUCAAAUUUACCUCAUUUUGUUUGGAUUUCAUACGAUCACAUAAGAUAACGAGGAAAAUAUCUACACCCGUUCUUCUGAUUGGGUCAACACAAGGCUUAAAAAUGAUUUUUUUUGUAUCCGAUUUGAGUUUAAUCAGUUUUUCUUCUUUUCUAAAAAUUAAAUUAGAGGGAAAAUAUUUUCAAAAAGUGGCUUUUAUUGCAAUCAUUCUGUGAUUUCUACAGGGCCAAAGCUACUAUAAAUUUAGCUUAAUUCAUGAUAUGAACAGAAAAAAAAACAGUUUUACCAAUUUUAAUGAGAAAAAAGCUGAUGUGAUAUGAACAGCUCAGUCAAAGUUUUGUUUUUAUGUUUUCUCCGUCGUUUCGAAGCGUAUUUUGAUGCCGAUGUGUUAAAAGACAAACUAUUUAUCUUUAAACAAACACCAAAGUGGAACUUCAACAUUCUUCAUUUUAAUUAUUUUUAAUGUUAGAGUUCUCAUAAAAUUACUACUUCUUUCUCCCAUGUUGGCUGUAUUUUUGUAAUAUGAUUUUAUUCUUGUAACUUAUAUUUAUUCAGGACUCACUGAUAUGGACAAUUUGGGCCAGUGCCGAUAUCUCAUGUUAACACCGUCCUGAAACACGAACAAUGAUCAGAUGGAAAUUAACGCGUUACUAAUAUCGGACCGAUACCAGCAUUGAUACCGAUAUAUCUUCCAUCUAUGAUAUUUAUUUAGAAAACUCUAACUUUCGUCGCAGCUGCAUAUCUAACAAUUAAUUUUUGUCCAGAUAAAACUUAAUGUAAGUCAGUUUUGGUUAAUAGAUUCUUGUAAUUCAGCGUAGAAAUGUUUUUCUUUUUUUUUUUUCUCUUGAGAGGAUAGAAGUACUUAAAAGCCUGAACGCUUAUUUAGUACUAACGUAGAACCUGAAUUCAAGAGAAGUUUGGGAAUUUAAAAUGGAGAUUUAUGUUUUGAACCCCGUCAUUUUUACUUUUAUGUGAAAUUAGUAAAACUGGUUCCUGGAAAUCAAACGUUCUGGGUUAUGAGAUUUAGCUGCUGUUGUCUGUUAACUCAAAUUAAAUCACAUCUGUAAUGUUUUACUUAAUCAAACUAAACAUAAGGAUGUACUGUAGGUAAACCAUCUGAUGAUAAAUGUAAAAGUAAUGAGCAAUAAAUUACUUUUUUUUCAUCAGGCACUACUGUAAACAGCUAUAAAAACAAACUUUAGAGGGUUUUCCUCUCUUUUGAAUCUGUAUGUUAUUUUAGUGGUUUUUUUUAAUUUACCCUGUUUGUUUAGCGGAUUAUUUUCCCUCGGUUUAGUCAUUUGUUACAGUUUCUCCUCCAUCAGUUUCAGUGAGACCAGAGAUCAUCGUCUUGAAUCAGGCCCUCAGUGUGUUUGGAACACACACACACUCACACCGGCCCACUGUGGGACAGUAGAUGAGUGGGAGCUCGUCUCCCUCGUCUGCCCACUGUGUUUUUAUUCUGACGCUUCGAUAGCUUUAAUUCUUCCUCUCUUCGUUUCUCUUCCCUGCCUGGCUCCAUUUUUAAAAUCAGAAUAGAAACAAACGGAUCCGCGCGGCCUUACUCACCCUGCCGGUUGCCUCCUGCCUCUCUCUCUUCCUCUUUCUCUCUCCCCCGCUCGCCCUCUCGUUCGCCCGCCCCUCCCUCUCUCACCCGCUGCACCUCCAUUUCCUCGAGGUGCACCUCCCUCCGUCAACUGAACUCCUGGCCGCGAUCGCUGAGAACGAACUCUGAAGCUGACAUAGGAAAGAAUCGAUGAAGAACAACUUUCCUCUUUUUCUGUGCACCAACUUGAGAACUUUUAGGUCCUAGUUCAUGAACUCUGACCCCUGACCAGGCACUCAUUCAGGGGGGAGUCACGAUGGGAAACUCUCCUUCCCCCCAGUUUUAUUUAUGGACCUCUGCACUUUUGGCUGUGAUGACUUCAGUACUUAAGUAGUUACCGAAACUGUAUUUUUAAGGAUUUUAUACAAUAUUUACAUGCAAUACAAUAUAAAUUGAUUCGUUUUUCCUUUGCCAAUCUUGUUGUUUUUGUUUAAUUUUGUUUAUUUUGGCAUAUGAUGUCAUUAUUUACAAACAGACAUGGCCAUCAAGUCUAUUUUAGGCACAUUGUUAUCCCGAUGUGAUUUUUUGUAUUUUAAUGAAUCUGAACACCAAGAAGCAGGAGGAAAAAUAGGCUUGCCUGUUUUUUUAAUUUUUAUUUCUAAUAUUGCCAGCUGGGCCUGGAUGAGAUUCUUAUAUUAUGAAAACACACUGGUUUACGGUAUAAAAGCAGAAAUCUGAACAAAUGUUCAAAUUGCUUUCAUUUAAAACAAGAAAAGCAAAAAUAAUUGCAGCUGCUACUAAAAUAUUUUCUAAUAUUUUGAGCGAUGCACCACUUGGCCGGUCAGAUAUCGGAAUCAGAUGAUUUUCUGUUGAUCGGUUUUGAUCAGUGAGUCAAAUAUUUUUAAAAAAAAUCAUUCUUUAGUUUCCUUUUAUCUGUAAAACUAAGAGCUGCCAUUAUUUUUUCUAUAGUUUCACCAACAAACCGCUUUUAUUUUGGUACAAGUUGAUCCAAUAAUUUAGGGACUUGUGCUUUCAUUUAGAAAUGGGGACAAUCUCAUACUUUUUUCUGUUGGAUUUAGCACUAUUAUCUCAGUCAAUAAACCUUUACUUUUAUUUA